AUGCUCUGCUUGCUUUGCCAUCACUGUCAGCCUUUAAACAGGAGCUCCUUUCGCCUUUUAACAAUACUGAAACGUACCAAUACUGAUUCCGGAGACCAGAAUUCUCCUCCAAGAUGCAAACCCAAGCCAACAUUUACUACUGGAAGAAACAUAGAUUAUAACAACCAGAGCAGUCCCCCAGCACCAAGUAUCGAGAAAAAUCUAACUUCUGUUGAUAAAAAUGGUGUUACUUCAGCUCCUGCUACAUCUACUGUUAAAGUCUCUCCUGACGAAUCCAGAGGACCGUUUACACCUGAAUCUUCAGCCAUAAAUACUGAAUUUCAGUAUGUGCUUGCUGCACCUACCUCAAUUGCUACUAAAGUUGGAGAUGAAACUUUGACUUAUUUAAAUCAAGGACAACCCUAUGAGAUCAAACUAAAAAAACUGGGAGAUUUGUCUGAGUAUAGGGGUAAAAUCUUGAAAAGUGUCAUUCGUCUUAGUUUUCAUGAAAGGCGUUUACAAUACAUGGAACGUGAGCAAAUGGCUGCUUGGGAAGCUAGCCAUCCUGGCGAUAGCAUUUUAGAAGUUGAUCUUCCUCUUUCAUAUGGAAUUUUUGACAUUCAUCAAGACCAUAAUCAUCUUAAUGCUGUCGAAUUUCUGUGGGAUCCAACCAAAGAAGGUGGAGUUUAUAUUAAAGUAAAUUGUAUCAGUACAGAAUUCACACCAAAAAAACAUGGCGGUGAAAAAGGCGUCCCCUUCAGAAUUCAGGUUGAAACAUAUUUACAUGAUGAUAGUAUAAUUAGAAGAUUACAUGCAGCUUCAUGCCAAGUUAAGGUUUUCAAGGUACCUGUCAGUAAUGAUUUUGACUACACCCCUGCCAUAUCUGUACCACCUCAGAUCCCUAGUUCUGACUUGUAA